GAGCAUUCAAAACUGUAUAAUCUAACGAUAUUUUCAUCAGUUUCCCUCAAAUUGCCGCAAUCUCUCGUACACGUUCACAUUGCAUAGAAACGCUAGCGAUUAUGGCAACUUCGUCCACAAUAUACACAGCUGUAAUAAUUUUCAUGGUAACAACCUUGAUCAUCGGCAGCAUAAAAACCACCGAAACAAACGUCGUCGAACCUUUAUCAUCGCAACACUUCUCGCAAGAAUUACGCCAGCUUCUAUCCCCCGAUAUCUUCACUCAGACUGAUCCGUUUCAUUAUCUGCUCGAAAAAAUAGCCAAAUUACCAUUUAUGGAUUUAUACCCGAUCAUCAUCGAGGUAAACCGCCAUUUGAAUACACGUGAGAAGGUACAAUUUCCCGCGGAUUACCAGCCGAACGCUAAGCUUUUACGUACGCUUUUGAAUCUCAUCAUUCACCUGGUCAAUGUUCAAAGAGGAAUUCACCAAAUCCAGAGAGACAAAAAAAUCAAACCUGAUUUUCAAGAAUUGGAUACUCGCACGCUAGAUCCCGAACUAUCUGCCUUAUUUUCAUCGGAUAUUUUAUCAGAUGCUUAUCCACCUGUGGUGCUUGUUGAUAAAUUACUGGUACUGCCGGAAAACAGCUUCGAAAGAAUAGCAAACAAGUUGACCGAUUGUUUAAGAAAUAAUCGCGUAAUCCGAAAUCACUAUUACUUUUAUACCGUUUCUCUGAGAGAAUUUCUGCGACCUUUUGGUCAGUCAAAAACGCUGACAGAUAUGCAACGUUACAUCGCUGAAAUGCAAGUGCCCAAAUUGUCAACUCCACCUGCAGUCAGUGGUCAGUUAGGAUGAAAAGAAGUAGAUCUAAAACGCAAAUGUUGAA